AUGGGAGUGCCGGGGUUGUUGCCACUGUUGAAGGAGCAUUUAGAACAAGUGGAUAUGAGUGAGAUAAAAGGAUGUAGAGUAGGAGUAGAUGCUUAUUCUUGGUUGUAUAAGGCAGUAUCGACUUAUGCCGUGGAUGUGUACUUGGCUCCGACGGGGGAAGAAGCCUUGAGUAAGUGUAUAGGUUUGUGUUUACGGAAAUGUGAGGCUUUACAAAAAGAAGGGGUUCAGUUGUACUUUGUGUUUGAUGGGGAAGAGCAUCCAAUGAAGAGUAUGACGGCUCAGAAACGGCGGGAGAAGAAGGAAGAAGCCCGGGAGAAAAUUGAAGUGCUGCUACGACGAGGACGGAAAGAGGAGGCUUACCGCUUAAUGAGUAGAUCUUUAAAGGUGGAUAAAGUGAUGGCCGGUCGGUUUAUGGAUGCUUUGGCAGAACGGGAUAUACCUUAUAUUAGGGCGCCUUAUGAAGCAGAUCCACAAUUAGCUUACUUGGAACGGGAAGGUUUAGUGGACUAUAUAAUGACGGAAGAUAGUGACUUGGUGGUUUAUGGGGCCAAACGGAUCUUGUUUAAAUUGAAUGAAAGUAUGAUUGCGGUGUUGUAUGAUCGGGAAAGAGUGCUUAAAGUAGGCGGGGAGUCAGUGCGCUGCUUACUGACUCAUAUUAAAGAGAUAGUGGCCUUAUCUGGUUGUGAUUAUACAGAGGGAAUUAGGAAUGUUGGACUGAUUACGGCCCAUCGGCUUAUGAUGGUGCAUAAAAGUGCCCGGGGGUGUAUUGAGUUCUUGGCCCGUAAGAGUAUUGAAGUGAUGAAUCAUUGGGAAGUCUGCCAGCGCGUGGUGUGUACUUUUAAAAUGCAUGUAGUGAUUGAUCCUCGUUCUGGCGAGCGGCGGUAUUUUGAAGAGACGGAGGGAGAAGAGUUCGGUACUGAGGAGGGUUUAGGAGAUUUAUCCUUUGUGGGCAGCUUAGUUGAAUCUUCUGUUUCUUCACAGACUUCCGUUGAAAGUGAUGGGGUGGAGUUGGUUGAAGAAGUUAGAACGAGGGUUACUGUUAAAUUAAGUAGUAGUAGUUGA